GUAGCUAUGUCCCUCUUCCCGUCGUCAGAGAGAGACUAGCUGGGGCCAAGCGAGAGGACGACGAGGAAAAACUACACUAACAAGAAGCCGUCGAGAUGGAUUCAAACAAGUUUCUGUGUGCUAAGAGGAUGUUUAUCCAGUGAUGGGUGUCUGACUGAAUUAUCCAACAACAAACCAGAGUCUCGGAGAGAAGACUCAUCGUCUGGUGAUGCCAUCGAUGGAGGACUUUUCAGGAGAUUCCUCUGGGUCUAGGAAGAUGUCUUUCCACAAUAGAAGAGACAGUAACACCACCGGUAGUGGCGGUGCAUCUGGGUCUGUUGCAGGUAGCAGUAAUGUAAUUCCCACUGAUGAUUAUCAGUCAACUAGCCAGGCUGGGUCUUCCUCCCCUGGGCCGCACCACCACCCCCUGAGCCUUAACCUCCCCCAGUCCGGGUCUCAGGUGAAAAAAAAGAGUGGUUUCCAGAUAACUAGCGUGACCCCGGCCCAGGUCUCUGUUAGCACCAACAACAGCAUAGCGGACGACACAGAGAGUUAUGACGACAUGGAUGAAUCCCACACAGAGGACCUGUCCUCUUCUGAAAUGCAGGAAGUGUCCGUACCUCGGGACACUGGCGUCCCUGAGAGGAGCUCCUCGGACGAGACCCUGAACAGCCCCCAUGGGGUGGAGACCCCAGGCGCAGUGUCCCCUAACGAACCCCUGAACCCUCACUCCCUACCCCAGGACCCUCCGUGUGAAUCCCUGCAGCCUCAGUGCCCUCCGCAGCCUGGUAACAUGGUGAAUGGGACUGUGCAUCAUCUGCAAGAGAAUGUGGUGCCAGCAGCCUUUACUUUCUCAGUGGCAGGAGGGAGUUCCUCUGAAAUGGCUGGGCCCAACCAGACCCAGAUGGGGCAGGGUAUGGUGGAGAAUACCACUGCCCAGUUCUCUGUUACCAUCACUGCUGCGCCAGGCAUGGAUGUGUCAUCCAUAGUCAGUGAUAGUGGUGCCCCUCCCUCUGCGGGCCCAAUAAUCUUUGACAGUAGUGGAGGCCGGCAAGUGACAUCCAGUGGAGUAGGGGCUCUCCCUGGAGUCACUGGGCCCACCAAUAGCACUCAGAUUGGGGUGUCAGUAGCAGUGGCACAGCCUGUGACCUCCAGCACCCAGACACAACAGACUCAGACCCAAGCCACUCCGGGGUCUCGCUUCAGAGUGGUGAAGCUGGACUCUAACUCAGAGCCGUUCCGCAAGGGAAGAUGGAUGUGUACAGAGUACUAUGAGAAGGAGGUUCUCCCUGCCGCGCCCACUUCUGACCCAGCCCCUGCACCCAGCGCUGGCGGCCCAGAGAGCCAAGCAGGGAAUGGAUGUGUGAUGGCCGGUGUUGUCCAAUAUGGAGGCAUAGAGAUGGGAGCAGUGGCACCCCAGACCUUGCAGCCAUACCAGCACCAGGACUACACCAGUCCUGAGACUGUCCAGAACUCUCUGCAAGCCCACAUGGUCCCUCAGGACCCUAACCCUCUCCUGUUGCAGCAGACCAGCAUGGUCCCCCAUGGUCCUCUACCAGCAGCCCCCCAGGUGAAUGCCCAGGGCGCUCGGAGUCAGGCCAUGCCCAAGCAGAUGCCCUAUGAUAUGGAGCAUGCCCAGACAGGCUACCCCACGCCCCAGUUCCCAGCGGGGCUAGUGUGCCAGACAGGCAGCCGGCCUCCAGACUUCAUCCAGCCUACGGCUCCUCUCCAGUCCCAGGUCCUCCCCCCACACCCUGGCUCUCUUGGGGUGUCCAUGCCUGGCCCGGCCGCUGUCCCUCAACCCCUUCAGAGUCGGCUCCAGAACCUCCCAGCUCAGCAGCUGCACCCUCACCCCCAGCACCCCUCCGCCCCUUUCGUGACCACACUCCGAGCCGACCUCCAACCCCUCCUGACUCACGGGGUUCCCCUCAGCCACACCAGCCUGGCCCAAAGCGGGGCUCUGUACGGGGGAAGCAUCCCCACCCUAACGGCUUCCCAGCUGGAGGAUGCCCAGAGGCUGCUGUUCCAACACCAGUCCCUGCUGACGCUGCCCCGGCUGGGGGCUGCAGGAGGGGGCCGCUCCAUGGAGAGCAUGGGGAUGGCUGGAGAUGCCAGUGCCUUAGUGGCCGCUGCUGCAAGCCUGAGGACACAGUCUGCAGAUGGAGAGGAGGACAGCUGUUCUGGUGCCAGUUUGGUGGCCAUCGACAAUAAAAUCGAACAAGCAAUGGACCUGGUAAAGAGCCACCUGAUGUAUGCUGUGAGAGAGGAGGUAGAUGUGUUGAAGGAACAGAUUAAGGAGCUGGUCGAGAGGAACUCCCAGUUGGAGCAGGAGAACAGCCUCCUGAAAACCCUGGCCAGCCCAGAGCAGAUGGCUCAGUUCCAGGCUCAGGUCCAGCCCAGCUCUGGCUCCCCGACAGCGACAGGCUCCUCUAACCCCCAGCCUCAGCCCCUGCCGUCCUCACAGAGCUCUGGGACCUCUACAUAGCCCCCUUCCUCAGAGAGACGUACGCAGGAGGGAGGAGAACCUUUACUCUACUGCGAACUGACCUCAUGCAAUGCAACAAGAACCACUAUGGCUCAAUCAAGGAGAGACUGCUACAAAUAUAAAAACCAUGUUUUGCACAUUUAUUUAACUGACCAAAGACAAUGAUGGACACUUGUGUGUCAGGUGUUCUCUUCGCUUGGAAUGCUUCAGACGAUCGCCAUGGAGACCAGGGAGGUGAAUGGAACAGAUGGACAGUUGUCAUGGAGAUGAAACCGACAACAACCCACAACUGGUACACUGUCUUCAGAUCUCUACAGUGACUGUUGAAUUGUGCCGUUGCUGCCAUUUCUUUACAUUUUCAUUUUGUUGGAUUAUUACCGAGCUGUGAAUUGAAUCAAAGAACAAGAAAUGAGGUGCAUUAUCUGUAGGGAUCAUUAAAGAAAGAGAAAACAAGACACCAUCUGGUAUGGGGCGUAGGGUGGAACAUACAGUGCAUUUGGAAAUAAAUUCAGACCACUUUAGUUUUUCCAAAUUUUGUUGCAUUACAGUCCAUUCUAAAAUUGAUGAAAUUGUUUUUUUUCCCCCCACAUCAAUCUACACACAUUACCCCGUAAUGACUAAACAAAAACAGGUUUUUAGUAAUUUUGGGAAAUGUAUUAAAUAUACGGAAAUAUCACAUUUACAUAAGUACUCAGACCCUUUACUCAGUACUUUGUUGAAGCACCUCUGCCAGCGAUUACAGCCUUGAUUCUUCUUGGGUAUGAUGCUACAAGCUUGGCACACCUGUAUUUGUGGAGUUUCUCCCAUUCUUUGCAGAUCCUCUCAAGCUCUGUCAGGUUGGAUGGGGAACGUCGCUGCACAACUAUUUUCAGGUCUCUCCAGAGAUGUUCGAUCGGGUUCAAGUCCAGGCUCUGGCUGGACCACUCAAGGACAUUCAGAGACUUCCUGAAGCUACUCCUGCAUUGUCUUGGCUGUGUGCUUAGGGUCGUUGUCCUGUUGAAAGGUGAACCUUCACCCCAGUCUGAGGUUCUGAGCGAUAUGGAGCAGGUUUUCAUCAAGGAUCUCAUUGUACGUUGCUCCGUUCAUCUUUUCCUCGAUCCUGACUAGUCUCCCAGUCCCUGCUGCUGAAAAACAUCCCCACAUCAUGAUGCUGCCAUCACCAUGCUUCACCGUAGUGAUGGUGCCAGGUUUCCUCCAGACAUGAUGGUUGGCAUUCAGACCAAAGAGUUCAAUCUUGGUUUUAUCAGACCAUAGAAUCUUGUUUCUCAUGGUCUGAGAGUCUUUUGGUGCCUUUUGGCAAACUCCAAGUGGGCUGUCAUGUGCCUUUUACUGAGGAGUGGCUUCCAUCUGGCCACUCUAAUGUUUGGUACUCUUCCCCAGAUCUGUUCCUCGACACAAUCCUAUUUCGGAGCUCUGUGGACAAUUCCUUUGACCUCAUGGCUUGGUUUUUGCUCUGACAUGCACUGUCAACUGUGGGCUAUUAUAUAGACAGGUGUGUACCUUUCCAAAUCAUGUCCAAUCAAUUGAAUUUACCACAGAUGGACUCCAAUCAAGUUGUGGAAACUUCUCAAGGAUGAUCAAUGGAAACAGAAUGCACCUGAGCACAAUUUCCUGUCUCAUAGCAAAGGGUCGGAAUACUUAUGUAAAUAAGCUGUUUUUGUUUUAUAAAUUUGCUAAAAUUUCAAAAACCUGUUUUCGCGUUGUCAUUAUGGGGUAUUGUGUGUAGGUUGAGGAUUUUUAAAUUGUAUUUAAUCCAUUUUAGGAUAAGGCUGUACCAUAACAUGUGAAAACAUUUGAGGGGUCUGAAUACUUUCAGAAUGAAAUAGAAGAAACACUAUUCUCAUAGCGGUCUAUUCCGUAUGAGGGGUGAUGUGGUGUAACAGAACUUUAGAAGAAGCAGUGAUCGCCUUUUGGAACUGGUUGUUGCUCACAAUGUCACCCUCUCUUCUUCUCUCUCCCCUCCUCUCUCCUCUCUUCUCCUCCCUCAGACGUAAUGAUGGAGAUGUUGUUGCCCCUCUCUUCCUCCUCUCUCCUCUCUGACGUAAUGAUGAUGUUGGUGCCCCUCUCUCCUCUUCCCUCAGACGUAAUGAUGGAGGAGAUGUUGCCCCUCCUCUCUUUUCCUCCUCUCUCCUCUCCUCUCUUGUCCUCCUCUCUCCCCUCCCCUCUCUUCCCUCCCCUCUCUUCCUCUUCUCCUCCUCUCCCCUCCUCUUCCUCUCUCCUCCUCUUCCUCUCUCCUCCUCUCUUCCUCUCUUCUCCUCCUCUCUCCCCUCCCCUCCUCUCUUCUCCUCCUUUAUCCUCUCCCCUCCUCUCUUCCUCUCUGAUGUAAUGAUGGAGAUGUUGUUGCCCCUCUCCUCUCUUCUCCUCCCUCAGACGUAAUGAUGGAGACGUUGCCCCUCCUCUCUUCCUCUCUCCUCCUCCUUCCUCUCUCCUCCUCCCUCCUCUUCCUCUCUCCUCCUCCCUCAGACGUAAGUAUGGAGGGAAUGGAAAUGUUUUGGGAAAGGGGGCUGAUGAGAGUUUCAGUGUUUUUGGGAUAGGGCUGUUUCUAGGUUUGUUCCAGAUACCAAUUCAACCUAUGUUAAGCAAACAGCCUGUUUUCCUCAGGCUGGACUGUGAUGUUACUGCUCAGAGCGGGAAGAGAAUAGCCACUCCAGACUCUAUACAGACUGUGUCUAACCCUCACACUGACAGCCCCUUGUACUGCACUGUAUAUGAUUUACCUGUGCAGAAGAUGUUCAUUUGCUCAAAUCAUUUAAACUAUUGGACAGUUUGAAAUAUAUAUAAUAUAUAUAUAUAUAUUAUAAGGAAAUAAAAGCUAGUUUAAUAAAUAAGUGCUCUGUACAUUGACCCGGGAUAUAAGGAAAUAAAAGCUAGUUAUUUAAGGGUAAUGUGUAGAAGUACCCAUCCAAGUUUGGACCCACCUACUCAGUCCAGGGUUUUUAUUUUUACUAUUUGUCACAACACAACUGAUUGGCUAAAAUGCAUUAAGAAGCACAAAAGUGCUCAGCAUAUGUGGGAACUCCUUCAAGACUGGUGGGAAAGCAUUCCAGGUGAAGCCGGGUUGAGAUAAUGCCAAGAGUGUGCAAAGCUGUCAUCAAGGCAAAGGGGUAGAAAAUAGUAAAAAUAAAGAAAAAUUCUUAAAUGAGUAGGUGUGUUCACACUGUUGACCUGUACUGUAGGUCAGAAAGGCCUGAUUGGUGGAGUGCUGCAGAGAUGGUUGUCUCUCUGUUCUACUCUGCUCUACUCUGCUCCUCUCUGUUCUACUCUACUCCUCUCUGUUCUACUCUGCUCCUCUCUGUUCUAUUCUACUCCUCUCAUCCUUGAAUGAGUAGGUGUGUUCAAACUGUUGACUGGUACUGUAUGUCAGAAAGGCCUGAUUGGUGGAGUGCUGCAGAGAUGGUUGUCUCUCUGUUCUACUCUACUCCUCUCUGUUCUACUCUGCUCCUCUCUCUACUCUGCUCCUCUCUGUUCUACUCUACUCCUCUCUGUUCUACUCUGCUCCUCUCUCUACUCUGCUCCUCUCUGUUCUACUCUACUCCUCUCAUCCUUGAAUGAGUAGGUGUGUUCAAACUGUUGACUGGUACUGAAUGUCAGGACAAUGUUUCUCAGCCCACAACAAAUGUGACGUUACAAUUGCACAAAACAGUUGCACUUCGACUUAAAUAAAAUGGAAAAACUAAAUUUAAA